GCUUCCAAAUGCCACUUCCAAUAACCGCAGGACUAGCGACCAGUCCCUGUGAAAUAUUUGCUCAGAUUCACAAAUUAACAACACAAUCUUGAGCACUCUUUACACACACACACAGAAUUGUUUAUUUCCCGGUUAUGAAAUUGCAGGCUGACCAUCCUCAUCACGAUGAAGGAUCCGGUUAUAACGUAACAGGAUCCAGCUGAACCCAAAGCGAGCGCCAGAGCAACAGUGAACUUAUUAUCAGGCUGUGAUGCACACGGGUGACGCCGCGCUCCUGUAGUCGCAUAACCAAAGACUGGCGUGGGAUCGGUCCCUGCUGCGCCUCAACUGGAAUAACGUCGGAAUAUCCAGAAAUUUCAUUAGAGGGUGUUUUUUUUAAAGGAGGCGAGCGGUGUUGAAAUUAAUCCAUUUCGGGCAAACGUUUCCACCAGAAGAGGGUUUUCUGUACUUUGCAGAAGCCAGAGCAGAUUUAUUCCGAUAUUCACCAAAUAUAGGCUGUAAUAAGGAACCAUGGGAAAGCAGAACAGCAAGCUGACUCCCGAGGUGAUGGAGGAUCUGGUGAAGAGCACAGAGUUUAAUGAACAUGAGCUGAAGCAGUGGUACAAAGGCUUCCUGAAGGACUGCCCCACUGGCAGGCUGAAUCUGGAGGAGUUCCAGCAGCUUUAUGUCAAGUUCUUCCCGUAUGGCGAUGCAUCAAAAUUUGCACAACACGCCUUCAGAACCUUUGACAAAAAUGGAGACGGGACCAUCGAUUUCCGAGAGUUCAUCUGUGCACUGUCCAUCACGUCCCGUGGUAGUUUUGAGCAGAAACUCAACUGGGCCUUCAACAUGUAUGACCUGGAUGGUGACGGCAAAAUCACCAGAGUGGAGAUGCUGGAGAUAAUCGAGGCUAUCUACAAAAUGGUGGGCACCGUGAUCAUGAUGAAGAUGAAUGAGGAUGGUUUGACACCAGAGCAGAGGGUGGACAAGAUCUUCAGCAAAAUGGAUAAGAACAACGAUGACCAGAUCUCAUUGGAGGAGUUCAAAGAGGCGGCGAAGAGCGACCCGUCCAUCGUGCUCCUGUUGCAGUGUGACAUGCAGAAGUGAGCCGUCCCUCCCUCGUCUGUAAUCCACACACACACUGGACAGCAGCACACGUUUUAAUGUCUCAUUAGGUUCUCUGCCAUUUCCACAGGAAAACAACAAAAAAAAACAAUGCUUGGACUAUUUUUCAAUGGACUCGCUUCUUGUGGUCGUAUGCAUGAGAAUGUCAAAAGCUGAAUAAUUUUGAAUAUAGCUAUAAGAUAUCAUACAUUUCUAUUUCAAAACAUGCCAAUGUGAUUUGUGCACAGUAACCCUAUACAUUCUCAUUCAACCUUAGCUUGUAUAUCAGUGGAGCACUGCAUUAAAUUAUGUUCCUGCAGUAUUUAGGAUCCCCAGUGUUGACUGCUGCAACUACUGUACGCUUUACAUAAUAGUAACAAAACAAUAAUUCCUAUGAUAAUUGUAACUGUCUCUACUAUCCAGACUUGUUGAGCUCUUGGAGAAUAGAGAGGCUCCUGUCUGUUCCAGGUGUUUUCACAUGAUGGAACCAAGAAGAGUAGGUUCUUUGCAUGCAUAUAUUAUGUGUCAAAAAAAUAUAAUCUCUUACCUUUUACAUCUUUAGGUGGUUAUAAAAGAGAAACCCUCCGGAAAUUCAUUUAGUAUUGUUGCAUGGGAUGUACAGUACGUGAUUCAUCAAGACUUUCAUUAGUUCACCUCCAGUAACGUGGGAGCAUGCUUCCCUCCAUUUGAUACACAUGUAUGUGCGACACUUGAGUUUUUGAAAGAUGUUUGGGUUGCAGUUGUGAGCUAAGCUCUGAGGAAGAGCUUUCACAUAAAUAUUGUAUUAUGUUUUACUUCAGUGACUUCUGGGAAGAGGAGAAAUGUAUUUAUGGAGCAGAAUUCCUUUCAUGAAUUUAAUGUACUGCUGCUGCUUAAUCUAGAGGAAAAGGCCAAAAUUGCAGCUGUCAUCAUGCGCAGUACUCAUGCAUUAUUCCCCCGCAAUGAUCCAAAAUUGGCUUAUUUUCCAGGCUGCUUAUUUGAUUUAGACUUAAAUAACUGAACUCAGUACAUAUCAACAUGUUUACAGAAAAGGAAGAGCACUGCAAAUGGAGCACAGUCUUGGCUUUUGACCUUACUGCUGGGAGCUCGCUCUCUUGGCCGGGGACCUUAUAUGAGGGGCUCCAUCUUCCAAUGCAGCAA